AUGCAUUAUCGCGUGAAUAAUUGCCACGUGGAAGAUUUAACAUCAACGCCAUCUGACGAAAGCCUGUCAAAGAAAGGUCCGGUGGAAGAAGUGGCGGAGAAGAAGUGCAACACAUCCGUGUGGCUGACGGUGUCCUUCACGGUGGAGCGAUACCUCGCUCUGAAAAAACCCCUGAAGGGCAAGGUGUGGUUCACGGAAUCCCGGGCGAAGCGGGUCAUCGCUCUCGUCUACAUCCUCUGCUUCCUCAGCAUCCUCUCGACUCCCUUCGAGUGGCGAGUCCAGGAAUCCCAACUGGUUCUGGGGAAACGCUGCUUAUGUGACAAACUCGACAAAGUCGUUUCUACAGCUAAAUGCGACCGGGAAGUUGGAUUUGAUAUACGUGAAGAUAUCCAGGUUCACAUGGGAGGUGGAGAAAAACUACUGUUUUGGGAAGCAACCGAAAAGUAUCUUCAGAAAUUCUACCCAGAGGCUGGAAAAACUCACUAUUCUCUUCCGUCCGGUCUCCUUCUCAAAGACGAUGAAUUCAAGGACCUACUUGGUUAUGCAGAAAAGCUAAGGAAGGAAGAAGAGGAUUUGGAAAUUGUGAAACAUGCUCCUGAUUAUGCUGCCAAGGCUAUAAUUUUCAGUCUAGUGAAAGAAAUAUGCGGCUUUGCUCCGUCUUUGGUGGUUGCUGACUACAAGUUCUGCGAGACUUUCAACCUCGGAAGGAAUUGCCGACCCGUGGAAGACUUCCACGAACUUCAGGUCAGCCUAGACCUGGGGUGUCAAACUGCCGUUAGUCAGUUUUGUCCGGUCCGCCAAGUCCACAACAACAGUUGA